GCCGGCCCCGGGGACUGUAGUGUUCCGCCUCCAUCCCUUUCAGCCGAGUCGCGACUGCGACUUUGGCUGUGGUUACUUCUCAGCACUCACUCUCCCUCCCGGCUUGUUAUAACCGCAGACUUUGCAUUAAAAUGCCCAUCCAAGCUCAGGCUUUGGAUUUCCUCCUCCGGACUUCACCGCCUUCACCUUCUCCAGUGGCAGUGAAGCUGCCCAGGGUCCUAGGAAAUCACCUUGCCAACCGCAACUCUGCCUAAUGGGGCACAGGAGUGCUGAGUUAUAGGCACUUGCCUCGCUAAGGGAGGACUGAGUACUGCUGCUCAAGUCUCUUUGGGACCUGCCUAAUCCCUUUCUUGUGGUCCCCCACCAGAACCACAGUGCCUCAGACUUGUGGCAAGCUUUUGUGCUUCAGCUGCCCUGCUUUAAGGUGGAAGACAGAUAUGUCCAAAGCCCCUCAGUAAGUGAUGGAACCAACCAUCAGAACCAAAGCAUCCAGUUCCACAGACACAUGCUUAGCCACUGUGAUGUCCUGUUUCCAUUAAGUAUGCCUCGAGUUCAAGUGGUUAAUCCUAAGUUGACUUAGCAAAACAUCUGAAUCCCGUCUUUAGUGUGAUCUUGUGCUAUUUUGCUGGCAGUUCCACAAUAGCCACCAACUUAGGGACUGCUGAGAGAAGCCAGCUAUCGCUGCCAGAGAAAAUGCAUUCCUGAACCUGACAUCUGGGUCUUGCAGCUGGAGUGAAGGAGGAGACAAAAACGAAGCAGUCCUGAGUGUCAUCAAAGGCAGUUGAUGGUGCCAAGGCUGGGAAGUCUAAGAUAAGGUGCUGGCACAUCUGGCAUCUGGUGCAAUCCUGCCUUCCUGCCUCCUGCUUCAUAGACACCUGUCUUCUUGUUUCUCACAUGGCGUAAGGAGGAACCUGGGCAGGAGGAGAUAAGCCAAUAUAUCUGCCCGUCGAGCCUACAGUUAAAAAUAAUUACAGAGAACAUGGUGAUGCUUCAGAAACUGUCAGAUGCCCUGGUAAUGGCUUUGCAUGCAUAAUCUCACUGAAUUCUCCCUCUAACCCUGUGAGCCAUGGCAGGCCUGUCUUUUGGGAGCUGGAACCACAGAGGAGAAGCAGGCUGUACGAGAGAAAAAGGAGAGAGACACCCUGUACCUUCCCUCCUGUUCUCCAGCCUUCCAGCAGUGUCUCCCACUGGAAGAAUGGCUAUUUAGAGGGCAGGCAGGCACAUAAGCACCCUUGGCCUUGCUCAUUGCUGACGCUGGUGAUCAGGAGUACUGAGGCCCUGCCCGAGCAAGUGUAUGCACAUGCCCACUGCAGGGGAACCAGCAGACUUUCAACAUCACGGGGAGGAUGAGGCUGUUUGCGACUUCACCAAGGCCCAAGGAGGUGGCAAGUGCCAGGCACCACCUGCCAGCGCCCUGUGUCUGCACUCCUCGGCACUGAUCGGCUGUGUCCUAAAGAAAAUGUACCACUAUCCUUGGACAACCAGUGACUUCAUGAACCGACAAGUGACACACAAAUCCUAGCACUGCUGGAAGAGGAAUAUAAUCUAAUUUAUGACCCAGUUUGUGAGGACACGUUAAAACAGAAAGAAAAGAAUAGGCAAGUCAAGAGGCUGAAAAUCUGAAGAAUGUUUCCAAAAGGGAAUCUGGCUGUCACUCGCUGGGUACAGAGGAGCAUGAAGAAGCUAUUUCUAUUACUUUCUCUCUUGCUGUCCCAUGCAGCUCAUUUGGAAGGCAAAAGGGAUAAUCAGUUCAUCUGGAAACCAGGCCCCUGGGGAAGGUGUACAGGAGACUGUGGGCCAGGAGGAGUCCAGACUCGGGCACUGUGGUGUUUCCAUUUUGAAGGGUGGACAAGUCACCUGUCCAACUGUGAUGAGAACAACAGGCCUCCAAAGGAAAGAAGUUGCUUCCGAGUGUGUGACUGGCACAGCGACCUCUUCCAGUGGGAGGUGUCCGACUGGCACCACUGCAUGCUUGUUCCUUCUGCCCAAGGCCAUGCCAAACCCCGGACUGCAGAGUGUGUGACUGCUCAGCACGGGCUGCAGCACAGGACAGUGCGCUGUAUUCAGAAGUUGAACAGAACCAUGGUUGCAAAUGAAAUUUGUGAACACUUUGCCCCCCAGCCCCCCACUGAACAAGCUUGCCUCAUUCCUUGUCCCCGGGAUUGUGUGGUAUCUGAGUUCUCACAAUGGUCCAAGUGUAGCAAAGGAUGUGGGAAGCAAGUGCAACACAGAACUCGUGAGGCCAUUGCCCCCCCUCUCUAUGGAGGGUCGCAGUGCCCCAAUCUGACUGAGUCAAGAACCUGUGAAGUUCCCGUUUCCUGUCCUCUUGGGGAAGAGGAAUAUACUUUUAGCCUUAAAGUUGGACCAUGGAGUAAAUGUAGACUGCCUCCUCUUAAAGAAAUUAACCUAAGUGGAAGAACUGCCCUGGAUUUUAGUUCUGAUUCAAAGGAGCGAGUCACCUUUAGACAUCAAAGUUACAAGCCCCAUCACCACUCCAAGCCCUGGGACAUAGAGAUAGGUUUUCAAACCCGGCAGGUUUGGUGUGCAAGAAGUGACGGAAAAAAUGCUAUGCUAAGCCUUUGCAUGCCAGACUCCUUCCCCUUAACUGUUCAGUCCUGCAUCAUGCCCAAAGACUGUGAAACCACCGAGUGGUCUUCCUGGAGCCCCUGCUCUAAGACGUGCCGUUCAGGAAGUGUCUCGCCAGGAUUUAGGAGCAGAAGCCGGAAUGUGAAGCAUAGUGCUCUUGGUGGUGGAAAGGACUGCCCUGAGCUUCUGGAGAAGGAGGCCUGCGUUGUUGUCGGAGAAUCUUUGCAGUCAUGUCCCAGGUAUUCCUGGAGGACAUCUGAGUGGAAAGAAUGCCAAGUCUCUCUCCUCCUCGAGCAGCAAGACCCCCGCUGGCAUGUGACAGGACCCAUUUGUGGAGGUGGCAUCCAGACCCGGGAGGUUUACUGUGCCCAGAGCGUACCAGAGUCUGCUGCACAGAGGACCAAGGAAGUUUCGAGGCCUGUGGAAAAGACAUUAUGUUUGGGACCUGCACCUCCGGCCUCUCAGCUUUGCAAUAUCCCUUGCUCUACAGACUGCAUCGUGUCUUCCUGGUCAGCCUGGGGCCUGUGCAUUCAUGAAAACUGCCAAGAUCCUCAAGGGAGAAAAGGAUUUAGAAUGAGACAGCGACACAUCCUCAUGGAAUCCACAGGGCCUGAUGGGCAUUGCCCUCAUUUGGUGGAAUCUGUUCCUUGUGAAGAUCCCAUGUGUUACCGAUGGCUGGCAUCUGAGGGGAUCUGUAUUCCUGAUCAUGGAAAAUGUGGCCUGGGACAUCGCAUCCUGAAGGCUGUCUGCCAGAAUCACCAAGGAGAAGAUGUAUCAGGUAUUCUCUGUCCAGCCUCUCCUCCUCCUGAACGGAUGGCUUGUGAAAUCCCCUGCAGAAUGGAUUGUGUGGUAAGCGAGUGGACAGAGUGGUCAUCCUGCUCCCAGUCUUGUUCAAAUAAAAAUUCAGAUGGGAAACAGACCAGGUCAAGGACGAUCCUGGCAUUGUCUGGAGAAGGUGGGAAACCAUGCCCCCCUAGUCAGACCCUCCAAGAACACCGUUCAUGCAAUGACCAUUCCUGUAUGCAGCUUUACUGGGAAACUUCACCUUGGGGCUCCUGUUCUGAAGACACUUUGGUAACUGCCCUUAAUGCAACCAUUGGCUGGAAUGGAGAAGCGACAUGCGGUGUGGGCAUUCAGACAAGGAGGGUCUUCUGUGUUAAGAGUCACAUGGGACAAGUGACUACCAAAAGAUGUCCAGAGUCUACUCGGCCUGAAACAGCGCGCCCUUGUCUUCUUCCAUGCAGAAAAGACUGUAUUGUGACAGCUUUCAGUGAAUGGACACCCUGCCCAAGCUUGUGCCAACCAGGAAAUGCAACAAUAAAACAGUCUCGAUACAGGAUUAUCAUCCAAGAAGCAGCCAAUGGAGGCCAAGAAUGCCCAGAUACCUUAUUUGAAGAGCGAGAGUGUGAAGAUGUGUCAUUGUGUCCCAUGCAUCGGUGGAGGCCACAGAAAUGGAGCCCUUGUAUCUUGGUGCCAGAGUCUGUCAGACAGGGAAUAAUGGGCACCAGCGAAGCUUGUGGAAAGGGGGUACAAACAAGAGCUGUCUUAUGCAUCUCUGAUGAUAACAAGUCAGUAGAGAUGAUGGAAUGCCUCAAGCAGACAAAUGGUAUGCCUCCCCUUGUGCAAGAAUGCACGGUCCCGUGUCGAGAUGACUGUACCUUCACUGCUUGGUCCAAGUUUACACCCUGCUCCACCGAUUGUGAAACAACCCGAAGUAGACGGCGCCAGCUCACAGGGAAGAGCAGGAAGAAGGAGAAAUGCCAAGAUACUGACCUGUACCCUCUGGUGGAAACACAGCCAUGUCCUUGUGAUGAGUUUAUAUCUCAACCUUAUGGAAACUGGUCUGACUGCAUCCUUCCUGAAGGCAGAAGGGAACUUAAGCGAGGAUUACCAGUGCAAAGAGACAGCAAAGAAUGUGGAGAAGGAACACGCUUUCGAGCAAUAGCCUGCUCUGAUAAAAAUGGAAGACCUGUGGACCCCUCCCACUGCAGCAGAUCUGGUUAUAUUCAAGAGGAAUGUAUCAUACCCUGCCCGUUUGAUUGCAAGUUAAGUGAUUGGUCUAGUUGGGGGUCUUGCAGUUCAUCUUGUGGGAUUGGAGUGAGAAUUCGAUCCAAAUGGUUAAAAGAAAAACCCUACAAUGGAGGUCGCCCUUGUCCCAAGCUGGAUCUCAAGAAUCAGGUGCAUGAGGCAGUCCCAUGUUACAGUGUGUGCAGUAGCUACUCCUGGCUGGCGGAACACUGGUCUCCCUGCAAAAUCCACAAUGAGCUGCGGCCCCUGCGCUGUGGAGGAGGAACACAAUCUCGGAAAAUCAGAUGUGUGAGCACUGGGGACAGUGAAGGUAGAACAGUGGAUAAUAGCCUCUGCAACCAGGAUGAAAUUCCACCAGAAACCCAGUCCUGCUCGCUUCUCUGUCCCAGUGAAUGUGUCAUGUCUGAGUGGGGACCUUGGAGUAAAUGCCCACAGUCGUGUGAUCCCCACUCAAUGCAGAGAAGAACACGCCAUCUGCUGAGGCCCUCGCUGAGCUCAAGAAUGUGUGCUGAAGACUCACAGGUGCGGCCUUGCCUCCUCAAUGAAAAUUGCUUCCAGUUCCAGUACAACCUAACAGAGUGGAGCAUGUGCCAGCUCAGUGAAAACGCCACCUGUGGGCAAGGUGUCAGGACUCGCCUUCUGAGUUGUGUGCGCAGUGAUGGCCAGUCAGUCAGCAUGGACCAGUGCGAGCAGAAUAACUUGGAGAAGCCCCAGAAAAUGAGCAUCCAUUGCCUGGUGGAAUGUGUGGUUAACUGUCAGCUCUCGGGGUGGACAGCCUGGACAGAGUGUUCACAGACGUGUGGCCAAGGAGGUCGAAUGAGCCGGACUCGAUUUAUCAUUAUGCCAACCCAAGGAGAAGGACGGCCGUGCCCCACAGAGCUUACCCAGCAGAAAACCUGCCCAGUGACCCCCUGCUACAGCUGGGUCCUUGGCAACUGGUCUGCAUGUAAAUUGGAGGGUGGAGACUGCGGGGAAGGAGUCCAGAUCCGAAGCCUUUCCUGCAUGGUCCACAAUGGCUCCAUCUCCCACACCGCUAUACCUGUAGAUGAUGCACUGUGUGGAGACAUGCCCUUCCAGAAUAGCAUCCUGAAGCAGCCCUGUUCUGUUCCUUGCCCAGGAGACUGCCAUUUAACGAAGUGGUCAGAGUGGAGCACGUGUGAAUUAACCUGCAUUGAUGGAAGAAGCUUUGAGACAAUGGGCCGCCAAUCUAGGUCAAGGACAUUUAUAAUUCAGUCUUUUGAGAACCAAGACAGCUGCCCCCAGCAGGUUCUGGAAACACGCCCUUGUACAGGAGGCAAAUGUUACCACUACACAUGGAAAGCAAGUCUUUGGAACAAUAAUGAACGAACUGUAUGGUGCCAGCGUUCAGAUGGCAUUAAUGUCACAGGAGGCUGCUCCCCUCAAGCACGUCCUGCUGCUAUUCGGCAGUGCAACCCAGCCUGCAGAAAACCUUUCUCCUACUGUACACAGGGUGGAGUCUGUGGUUGUGAGAAGGGUUAUACGGAGAUAUUGAGAUCAAAUGGUUUCCUGGAUUACUGCAUGAAAGUACCUGGCUCAGAGGAUAAAAAAGCUGAUGUGAAAAACCUUUCAGGAAAAAACAGACCCGUGAAUUCAAAAAUACAUGAUAUUUUUAAAGGAUGGUCUCUUCAACCCCUUGAACCAGAUGGCCGAGUAAAAAUUUGGGUUUAUGGCGUUUCAGGUGGCGGUUUUCUUAUCAUGAUUUUCCUAGUAUUUACUUCCUACCUUGUUUGCAAGAAGCCAAAACCACAUCAAAGCACACCUCCCCAACAGAAGCCUCUGACCUUAGCCUACGAUGGAGACUUAGACAUGUAACCUGAAAAAGAAAUCCAAAUGUAGACAUCAACUGCCUUAACCGCUUCUCUUUUGUAGCUCUCAGACUUCUCAGUUUUUUGAGGAAUCUCACAAUGUGAUAUAUUGGGCAGAAUACAAAUAUUGCAAAAGUAAUAUUGCCUCAACUUCAUUUGGACAUGGAGUCAAAGAUUAUUAAUCUGCCAUUUUGCUUUCAAAUUGUUUGUGGGUGUGAGUUUAAGUUUUAGAUUUUUCCCAAGGGACCUGAAAACCCUUCUCUUCCAGUUUGGAAAUGGGAAGAAGAAAACAGGAUGGAAUUCCCACAGACUUGAGGAAACUAUCUUCAGCAGCAUGAUGACAAUCCAGAGGAAAGUCGAAUCAAGGCAUUUACUGUAAAUGACGAGUCUGACACUGCAUUGUUAUGCACUAUAUUAGUGCAAGUCUUUAUCCUUCCCAUACUUCAACACUGAGUUUUCUAGAGUUUACAUUAGUUCAAAGACUUUCAAAUCGGAUUGCCUAUUUUCAUGAACACAGAGAGGAUGGGUAACCAUUUCAGAAAUUCUCUGAGUUUUUACCUUUAAAUAUCGUAUUUUGUUUUAUAGUCCGGGAGUGAUGGCACUUGAUGGGUUGCAUCUAUUAAAAAAAAAAAAAUGGAGUGUAUGUAACUGACUAGAUGAAAGCUACAUGGUUUCUGAAUGAAAUGUGUUUUGAAUGUGAGGGUGUACAAAUGAAAUAGGUGGUUAUGUUGAAUGAGGUAGAUUAUUUGAUUACUAAAACUGUAUUUUAACAAAAACUUAGUCAUGUAGAUAUAGCAUUAACCACACACAGUUGUAAUUCAGUUUAAUGAUGACAAACUCUGCUUUUGUAAUUUCAAUUUUCUUAUCUGGAUAUUUAUAAAUUCUUUUUUUGAAGUUAAUUAUCUGACCUCAUUUAAUAUGCAUCGAACACCAAUCCUGUUUGUAGCAAGUCUUGCUUUUAUAAGGUUUCAAUAUCUGAGACAACACAUUGAAACCAUUUUAUGAAGAUAAUUGUUUAUAACUGUAGAUGUUGAAAGUAAGAAGGUGCCAUCUUGUGGUGACUUGUAUUUAUAACAAAUAAAGUGCU